AUGGCUGAACACAAGAUAAACUUCACUUCAUUCCAAUACUACCCAGAACAGCUCUGUACGAGAUACGAUCUUCAAAAAGCCAUUGAGCCACUCACCAUCUACGCCGACGAUGGUAGGUUAUAUAUGGCCAAUACCGUCCGGGGCAAUCCAUCCCCGUUACCCCCUGAAGUUCUGCAGGAAGUCCGGGUAUGGAUUGAGCGCCCACACUCCAAAAUGAUCUGGCUUGAGGGAGAUUGGCUGCCCGAGUACGGGUCCACCCUUUCUCUAGCCGCAAUGCAGCUGUGCGACAGUUCCUUGAAUGCGCGUCUUCCCUGUGUGUCCUUUUGGGGCAAGCCAAUCUACACAUUCCCCCUGGGGACCAAGAAAGCCACUUCAAACCCAGAGGCCGCCACGGUAGCUUUGCUGUACUCCGUCAUCAGCCAACUGGCAUGUCUGGCUCCAAUGUAUCUUCCAGCGGUUCCGGAACUUAGCCAGCAGCAGUUUGACCUGCUAGAUGGAAGUAUCGCCAGUGCUUCAACCGCCCUUGAUAUUAUUGAAGCACUGCUCGCACUUGGCCCUCGAGCCAUAGUUUGGAUUAUUGAUGGGCUGCAGCUGGCAGAGAGCCAAAGUACGAUUUUGGCCCUUCGUGGCUUUGUGGAUAUUCUGAAGAAGCAGGAGGAUGUCCGGCUCUCUAAAACGUGCUUCACAACGGAUGGAAAUAGCAAUGUGUUGAUGCGGGCUAUUGGUGUGUGUAAUCGUAUUGAUGCGUCUCGAACGCCUCGGUGGACGCGAUUGUCAGGAGGCGAAGAUGUGUUUGCUGCGUUUGAUCGGUGGUGCGCGUGAUAUGUAUAUACUAGAGAUCUUGUUUGGGUGUCGAUACAAUGGCUGACCAGCACCAGAUGUGGUUGCUCUGACUGCUGGGGUUGACUAAAAUGUAG